GGCAACCUGUUGAUCUGCCACAAAGGACCUCAGUCCAUCUGCAUUUCCACAUCAGAGGCUGCAACACAGUACAGGAUCCAUCUGCCCACCUGGGACCGCUUGAGGCCGGGGAGCUGCAUAAUUCAUAUUUUUUGAUGCAACAAACCCAGAAGGAACUUUAACAUUUUAUGCUUUCUUGAUAAUUCACAAACUUCAGAGAAGAGGACUAACGGUUUUGCAACAAAGUUUCUUAUCUCCUUUCGCCAUCACUCCAGGAAACAUUUUUAGUAAGACAAAAAAAAUAAUGAUGGAAGAUCACCUGUUAAAGAUCCCCAUGGUGCCGUCCUCUUCCCCCAGUGAGUCUUCUGGGAGCGGCGGGACGGAUGACAGCAGAGGAGCCAAGAGUCCAUCCCCGGGCAAAGCUCUGAGCCCGGCUCUGGUCUGCAAAGUGUGCGGAGACACCAGCAGCGGGAAACACUACGGCAUCUACGCCUGCAACGGCUGCAGCGGCUUCUUCAAACGCAGCGUGAGGAGGAGGCUCAUCUACAGGUGCCAGGCCGGUACAGGCAUGUGUCCGGUGGACAAAGCUCAUCGCAACCAGUGCCAGGCGUGUCGGCUGAAGAAGUGCUUGCAGGCCGGCAUGAACAAGGACGCAGUACAGAACGAGCGGCAGCCCCGCAGCACAGCUCAGGUCCGCCUGGACUCCAUCGACGUGGACAAUGACAAGGAACACCUGGCCACCACGCGGGAGCCCACCUCCUCUUUCUCAUCCUCUUCUUCCUCCUCCUCUUCCUCCUCAGUCAUCACGUGGCCCCACAUCACCUCCUCCAUCUCCAUCACCUCCUCUGCGGCCCCCCAGCGCUGCAUCAGUCCCCAGAACAACCACCGCUUCAUGGCCAGCCUCAUGACGGCCGAGACCUGCGCCAAGCUGGAGCCCGAGGACGUUGACGAGAACAUCGACGUGACGAGCAACGAGCCGGAGCAAGCGUCCUCGGAGUACCACAUGGCUCUGUACCCGUCCAGCUCCGAAAACGUGUACGAGACCUCGGCGAGGCUGCUCUUCAUGUCGGUGAAGUGGGCCAAGAACCUGCCGGUGUUCUCCAACCUGCCCUUCAGAGACCAGGUGAUCCUGCUGGAGGAGGCAUGGAGCGAGCUCUUCCUGCUCUGUGCCAUCCAGUGGUCUUUGCCUCUGGACAGCUGCCCGCUGCUCUCUCUGCCAGACCUCUGCCCCGGCAUGCAGGUAAAGACCAGCUACACCGGCCUGGACCUGCGCCUCCUGCAGGAGGUCUUCAGCCGCUUCAAGGCCCUCGCAGUCGAUCCCACUGAGUUUGCCUGCCUCAAGGCCAUCGUGCUCUUUAAGCCAGAGACUCGUGGUUUGAAAGAUCCAGAACAAGGGGAGAACCUGCAGGAUCAGUCUCAGGUGAUGCUGGGACAACACAUCCGCUCACACUACCCCAGUCAACCUGCCAGGUUUGGAAAGCUGCUUCUUCUUCUUCCCUCUCUGCGUUUUGUGAAUUCGGAGCGGAUCGAGCUGCUGUUCUUCCACAGGACCAUCGGAAACACUCCCAUGGAGAAACUGUUGUGUGACAUGUUCAAAAACUAAAAACCUGUGCAGUCAUCGAAAACCUCCGUGUAUGGAGGGAUGAUAUUUGACAGAUAUUUGCUUUGUAUUCCUGUAUACAUAUCAGAGAUUCUGCGUGCCGUUAUUGUUCCUAAAGGCCACUUUAUUAUUUGUUUGUUGUUUCCACAUCAGGUCAUUCUGAAAAUGCAAUCCAAUUCUUGUCAUCAUGCUUGCUGUCUAUUUGUAUCAUAUUUUAGAAUUUGAUUUGUGUCUGAAGUGAGUCACGUUCACAUUUCAUCUUUAGUGUUUCAUUAUUUUUGUGUUUUUUGUGAGAUUUACAAAGCAGAUCUUUAUUUGUUUGGUGAUAGAUAAGACUGUAUA